GAAGUUUCCUCUGUGAUGUUGGGCUCUCCUUCCAACCACACAUUACUGAACACAGCUACUUUCAUCCUUCUGGGUGUCCCAGGGCUGGAAGCAGCCCACCUUUGGCUGGCAAUAAUAAUGACUGACAUGUACUCUGUAGCUCUAUUAGGAAACAUUAUCAUUAUGACUGUGAUCCGGACUGACAGUACCAUGCAUGAGCCCAUGUAUCAUUUCCUAUGUGUCCUGCCUACUGUGGACAUUGUCAUCCCAACAUCAGUGAUCCCCAAAAUGUUGAACAUCUUCUGGUCAGGCAAUGGCAUCAUUAGCUUUGCUGCUUGUUUUAUCCAGAUGUUCUUUGUCCAUGCCACCACAGCCAUGGAAACAGGAUUACUUCUGGCCAUGGCCUUUGACCGCUAUGUAGCCAUCUGUAAACCUCUACACUACCAAACCAUCCUCACACCAUGGACCAUGAUAGGAAUGGUCAUAAGCAUCAUAGCCAGAGGUAUUGCAGCUAUGACUCCAAUGACCUGGAUGUUGGUCCAUCUGCCAUGCUGUGCCUCCCAUGUGGUCCCCCAUUCCUAUUGUGAACACAUGGCUGUGGCCAAGUUGGCAUGUGCUGAUCACAGGCCCAGCGGUCUUUAUACCUUGAUUCUUUCCUUCAUCAUUGUGGGGAUUGAUGUAAUCUUCAUUGCUACCUCCUAUAGUCUGAUCCUAAAGGCUGUGUUCAGUCUGCCCUCUCGAGAUGCAUGGGUCAAAGCACUUAACACAUGUGGUUCACAUGUGAGUGUCAUGGGCCUCUUCUACUUGCCAGGCAUGUUGUCCAUCUAUAUGGCUGGGUUGGAGCAGGACCAGGUACCUUUGCACAUCCAGGUGCUACUGGCUGAUUUCUAUGUAGUCUUUUCUCCUAUGAUGAACCCUCUUAUCUAUGGCCUGAAGACAAAGUAUAUCCGGGAACGAGUGUGGAAUGCAGUCACCACCAGUUUCUCUCGCUGUUUCUGUCAAAACUCACCAAAAGAGAAAUCACCGACUUGA